AUGGAUGUCGUCAAGGCGGGAUUCAUCCCUGGAAACAUCAGCCAUGAAACUGUGGAUGAAAAUCAAAACAGCACAGAUGACACUUGGUGCCACUAUGAUCCAUAUGAUUGGAUCUUCACCGUGAUUCCAGUGUACAUCCUGAUCAUCAGUGUGCUGGGAAUCCUCUUGAAUGUGUUUGUGUUGGUGGUUUUCUGGCUCCAUAAGAAGGCCUGUACCGUGGCUGAGAUCUACCUGAGCAACCUGGCUGCUGCUGACCUCUUUCUGAUGUCUCCUUUUCUCAUCCUUGCUGUGAUUGCAGGAACAAAAUAUGAUUUGCACAAUAGUAAAAUCAUGUGUAAACUGAUCAUCUUUUCCGUCAGCAUGAAUGUUUACUGCAGCAUCAUCAUCCUUGCUCUGGUGAGCAUUGACAGAUAUUUGGCACUGGUUCACCCACUGACCGAUGGAAGAACGCGGACGCCUUUUCAUGCCAAAGUGGCAUGUGUGCUGGUGUGGGGUGUAUGCUUUCUCUUGAAUGUCCCUGUGCUCAUUUACAGGGAAGUUGUACAUGACCCUGAGGGAAAUUUUACCACAUGUGAUUUUAAUUUUCCAAGUCCUUCCAUGUUUCUGGCAUUUGAAGCGUUCAGUGUAUUCAUCUUCUUCAUCCCUGCUUUUAUUAUUUCCUUCUGCACCCUCAAAAUUGUUAAUGCUCUGAGUGGGACCUUAAAGAAGAGGUUAAAUGCUCAGAAAAAGGAGCAGAAGGCCACCACUCUGGUGCUGGUGGUCCUCUUGGCGUUCCUCAUCUGCUGGGUGCCAGUGUAUGUGGUUAGCAUACUAGACCUGCUCAGCAGAGUUAACGUUCUGAAUGGAUGCCACCUGGUCAAUAAUCUGUAUAUCUGCCAACACAUCUUCUACAGUUUAGCCAUAUCCAACAGUGUUCUCAACCCCAUUCUCUAUGUCAUUGUAGGGAAAACCUUCCAGACAAAAGUUAAGGAAUUAUUCAUGCAGCCGAGCACAAACCUCUCGAGACAUCUUUAA